AUGGACCUUCCCAAGAUUGUGCUCUGUGGGGUGGGCAGUGCAGCGAUGGCCGAGCUGGCUGAGAGUGCAGGACUUGGCACGGACGCCGUCCACGACGUCGGCGUAGACGCCUGCGCGGUCGAGCUGCCGGCGCUCGCCGAGGUGUGGAACGCGCCCGAGGGCGAGGCGCUCGCAGCGCUUGCAGGCGGCGCCGCCGCCGUCGUCCUCACGUACACGGUCGACGACAGAACGAGCUUCAACGGGUUGAGGCGCUGGCUCUCGCUGCUGGAUGCGCUCGGCUACGGCAGUCUCCGCUUCGUCCUUGGCCUCGGCACGGCAGCCGACGUGCCGGCCCACCACGCGGCGCAGCGGGAGGCCUUUCUCGCGCGACGCGGCCUCGCCCACUGUCUCGUGCACGAGAGCCAGGCUGUAGUCGACGGUAUUGCCAGAGUGGUUGCAGCCGUCGAGGAGGUGCGGCCGAUCAAACGGGCCCGCGGAAGCAGCGGAAGCCGGCGACACGGGCUGUGA